GGCUCCUUUGUGAGCUCCUGUCCUCUGUCAGGAGGAGACACCUUGUUAUCACUGACUCUGGGAGCUGCAAUAGUGGAUUUACACUCAGUGGUGCCACAAUCUAGCGCCCCCUGCCUCCACCACCUCCCACUGCACGUAGUCAGCCUGGUUUUCACUUUUCAUUACACACACACACACACACACACACACACACACACACACACACACACACACACACACACACACACCUCCUGUGAGAUCCACCCCGCCGUCCAGGAGGCUGCUCAUCCAUCCAUCCCAACAACACACUGCGCUGCAACGAGACGCUCCAACAGCUCCGCAGCUUUCACACACACACGCACAACAACAACACACUGCACGUCUGCUGGAUGUUGAGAUGCUCGGUGGCGUCUGAUGCUUUUCUUCCUUCCCCCUGAAACGAACGCCAGCACGAUGCCAGAGCCCGGGAUGGAGCGACUGGAUUAAACAAAAAAGGCAGCACAAAUAGGACUGGACCACAAACAGAGGCUUCAUUUCGCCAGCAGUCAACAUGGCCGUGAACAUGCUACCAUGUCCUACCAUAUGGCCCGGGGAGGAACAACCAUCGCUGCUGGACCAGGACGCCUCUCUGUCGAGCCACGCCUCCGUCUCCGUCUCCAUGCCCUGCCCACCACCGCCCAUCGGUGAACACCUCAUCCACAGCGGCAGCAGCCCGGCCAGCUCGCGGCCCCCCCGCAGCAAAUCCAAAGGAGAGCUGGUCAUCGUCAUCAACGAGAAACUGCAGAACAGUGUAGGUAAUGGGAUUCAUCCAGUUCCUGCAGAAACCACCUCUCCAGUCAUCUCCUCUCCUCCCAGAAGACAACACUCCAUCUCUUACCCCCAUCACAACAAGACCAGGAAGGGCAGCAGGGCCAGCUCCAUUGGCUACACCGCUUUCUCCCCAAGGCCGUCCAUUUCUCGCCACUCCAGCAUCGCCACCCAGCCGCCCCUGGACCGGACCAAGGUGAAGGACUACCUCCUGCUGUCCGUGUUGGCCUGCUUCUGCCCCGUCUGGCCCAUAAACAUUGUGGGAUUCGUCUACUCCAUCAUGUCCAAGAACAGCCUGGAGCAGGGAAACCUGGAUGGUGCCGUGCGCCUGGGACGUGUGGCCAAGAUGCUCUCCAUCGUUUCACUAGUUGGAGGGACGCUCAUUAUCAUCGCCUGCAUUGUCAACCUGGCCAUAAAUGUGAAAACCUGAGUUUCAUCCCAGGGUGAAACUGGAUAAGACAACUGACCGUCUGGCCCUCACCUGCACCACCGUCCUUACCACCUAGUCAUUACCUGGAUGUGUGACAAAUAUACACCCAAUAUACAGCGCUUACUCAUAUUUCUGUAAUCUAUAGAGGUCCUUUUUGCUAAUGGAAGAAAAUGACAUAUGCAAAUGCUGCUGCAUUGAGUUGGGGGGAGGUUUUUCUGAUGUUAGAUGGAGAAGGGCAGUCAGACUAAUCGGCCCCUUCCUAUUCACACCAACACGUUCAGAACGAUUCUUGAGAAAGACACAAACUCUUCGACGCCCGCAGAACUGACUCAAACCAGGUGGACGAGAAAACAAGUGGAGCUGGUAACACGACAUGAAACAGGAAGCGACACCUCCUCAGCUUCAGCGCCUCAUGCAACUCCCCACAAAAUGUCCGCCAAAUCCAUCCUUCACCGCACCGACGACACAGUUUCAGCUCUGCCGCUAAAUCCCCCUCGGAUCCACGGAGAGCCUCUUGGAUUUGUGUCACGGAGCAGAGAUUCAUCCUUUUCCCUUCCCGGAGAAGAAACACUUUCAAUCAUCGUACGUCGUCUCGUUCCCGGCCCUCCUCUGUGGUUCUCUUGACUCCUGCCAUACAUCAUGUGUUUGAGAAGCGAGCGUACGGGAGGCGAGGAGGAUGAAAGAGAGGCUUACCAAGGACUAGCUAUGCUAUGCUGAAAAGGAAAGGGAUUAUGGGAAGUCUUGCACCGAAUGCACAGUCGUCACUGCAAGGAAAACAUGUGCCAAAAAGGAAUUUAGUGGGAAAAGUUUCUCGCUUUGUGAAAAAAACCCCAACUCUGAUCACAGAACUGUUGUUGUAGAGGGUGUUUCCACUCGGCUGCGACUUUACUGUAUAAUCCCUCGACACCACUGAGCACUGUGACCUGAGAACAGCUACAUGUCCACAUAAUUAAAAAACCCACUGUAGCAGGAUACUCAUUUUACAGUGAAGCUAAUUACGCUGCGUCAUCUCGAACCUAUCUUUUUGAUAAUGUUUUUGUAAGAGAUCAUUUUGAAACUGAGGAAGAUUUGUAAUGUGAUGCUCUUCAGUGCCGUGUGUGUGUUGACAGAUGGUGGGAGUGCUGUGUGCAUAUGGGACAUCACCAUUUGGUUAAACAAAUUAAAUAGCUCAUGAUUGCAGGAAGGGUUGAGGCUCAAUCUGCAUCCACAGAUCGGUGGCAAUUGUUUCUCCCUUAAAAACCAUGAAAACUGUUGAAUUUGAUUAACACUUAAAUAUUUAUUUCCUGUUUGUUUGUAAUAUUGUCGGAUGAUGCACAGUUGCUGUGAUAGAACUAAUGUUUACAUCUGGUUUAUUAUGAAUAUUAUUACAUUUCCUGUGUAUUCUAACCUCUAAUCUCUGAUUCUCAACUAAAACAAACGGGUUUCAUUGACAAUAGAUAAAACUCCUUAUUUAUUUAUCGUAUCCUGGAUCUCGAAUCAAAUACAGAAAGGUUCAGACCUGCAGAUCAUUUUCUUUACAGACUGAGUUGGCUUUUCUUUUCCUCCCUCUGUUUCUAUUUAAUAUGUAAAUUUAAUUAUAAUCAACAGUCAAUGUAUUCUGCAGAUAUUAAUCUCAAUAUUGUGAUAAUUCUCUAGUUGGUAUGAGUUAGCAUUAAGUAGUUACGACCUAACGUAGGCACAGGCGCUGUCGGCCGGCCUCCCGACGGCCAUUGUAACGCCACCGGGCUUCUAUAAUCUUUGUGGUUACUGGCAUGUUGUGGAUUUCUAUUCAUGUACGACGAUAGAAGCUGAAAAAUCUGCAGAGAUAAAGCUGGCACUUGGAAUAUUAUACUUCUGCAGCACAUUCAUAAUAAAGACACGAUGCAUGUAA